AUGGCAAAUCGAAGUACUUCACGUGCCCACGCCACCGAGCCGGCCAACACAGGAACGGUAACAAAAGCAAGAGUCAGUGUGUCGCCCUUUUGGUCAGACGAGCCGGACCUGUGGUUCCGUCAUAUCGAAGAACAGUUCGCAUGGAACAUGACGGACCAGGCGAAAUACAGUUUCGUCUUAGCACACAUCGGUUCGAAACACGCGAAAAAAGUGUCCAAUGUCAUCUGGAAUCCGCCAGACAAGAACCGAUACGACACACUAAAAAAAGAGCUGAUACGCAACCUUUGCGAUUUAAAAAGCCAGCGGAUCCAGCGUCUACUAGAGCGGGAAGUAAUUGGGGAUCGAACCCCGUCGCAAUUCCUGCAGCAUAUGAGGACGCUGGCAGGUAAGGAAGUGACGGAUGAAUUUCUGCGGAUGACGUGGGUGAAUCGUCUACCUUCUACAAUCCGCGCUAUUAUAACACCGAUGGACUAUCCACUGAACGAACUGGCCACGAUUGCGGAUCGAAUCCAGGAGAUCUCACCGAAAGUCGCUAGCAUCUCCAGGGACACGGAGAAUGACAAGCGAGGUCAGGAACUGAAGGAGCUGAGAAAUAAUGAGGUCACUGACAGCAAGGAACCAUUGCUGGUAUCACAGGAGCUUCGGCGACCGAGCGAUCAAGUGCCGAUUGCCAUGCAGCUAUGUGUCGGAAAACGGGGAAAUCGGACACUGAGCGCGGCGAUCAGUGAUGAGCCGAAGACAAGCCGCUUUUUCGUCACGGACAAAGCUAUGGCAACAGAAUUUCUCGUUGACACCGGCUCAGACCUUUGCGUAUUCCCACAUACGCGCGUCAAAGGCCAAGCCGAGAAGUCGACCUACGAAAUGUACGUAGCCAAUGGGACGACGAUCAGCACGUACAGCUUCUCACCCGGACCAUCUGCGACCGACGUCAAUCCCGAGACAGGUAAAGCAUAA